AUGGCUGUAUCAAAGUUGAUUCUGCUAGUUUGUCUUUUCAAUAUUGGAGAUGCAGAACAAGUUAAAAUUCAAUGUUCGACUUCAUUUUCUACCGAGAAUACUAAUGAUUUAUGUUAUUAUAAUAAUCGAAAGGCAUUUUCAUGGUCUGAUGCAUACAACCAAUGUUUAAGUAAAAUGAUUAACGGAAUACUUAUUCAAAUAUUUUCUAAUGAACACUUUAAUUUAUUAAAAAAUGCAAACAUCGAUGAAUCAUCUGUAUUUUGGUUAGGUGCAAAUAAUUUUGCAUCAUUUCGUGACUCUCAUUGGCAUUGGCUUGAUGGGUCUAUAGUUGACAGUUCAGUGAUUACCUGGUGUCCAAAUAGUACAUAUAAAACAGCAGUUGGCACAUAUUGCGCAGCUUAUGAUAGUACUUUACAAUGUGUUAACGAUUAUUUAUGUAGUACUCCCUUACCAGCUCCAUGUGUAUCUGCGACAAAUGGCAUAAAUCGAAAUGUUAAAAUAAGUUUGAUAUCUCAACCAAGGGCAACUGAUUUAUGUAGCAGUUCAUCUGGUGAUGCUUAUGCAUAUUGGUGGACAUAUUCAAUUUUACUUCUUAAUUGGUUUAUACUUUUCUGUUUUUUUCUUUAUUUAUCGAAUCGUUUUACUAUAAAUAAAAAUACAAUGAUAUUAAUAUCAAUUAUUGUUAUAUUAUCAUUUGUAUUAAUAGUUAUUUAUGCUAUUCUAUGGAGUGUUCAAUAUCAAGAUAUUAUUCAAAUACCAUUAGCUAUAGUUAUAAUUGGUUGUAUUGCUAGUACACUGCUUUUUCUUGUUUUAUUCAUUAUACUAAAUGAUCGUAAUCGUGUACAACGUUUUAUGGCAUGUAUGAUUUUAAUAUUUUCAACAAUAAUUUUGGAAUGCUUUUUAAUGCUUGGUUUAAUUCUUUGUAUUGCAUAUUGUUCAGCAUAUAUAACACUUUCAUGGACAAGCCUUGAUAAAGAUGUUACGGCUUCAGUUUUAGCUUCAUUAAUUGCUGCUAUAUCAGUUUUACUUUAUACAGGAAUUCUGUAUCUAUUAGAAAAUGAUGGUUAUGAUCGUAUACAUGCAAUAAAGCCAGCUCAUACAAAUACGAUUCCACUUGCACCAGCACAACCAAUUGUUCCUCAUCCUCAAUCACAAAAUCAUUUUCAAGCGAAUAAUCAUCGACCAACCUCAGUUAUACCAAUAAAAAAACAUGAACAAAUUGAACGAGCAACAUCACCUGUUGAUGAACGUAUUCUUCAAGAAUUUUAUGCAGAUCUACCAAAAGAUAUACAUCAGUAUAGUUUGGAAGGCAAAAACUAUGUUGUUUAUGAAAGAACAAACUUGACAGAUAUUGAAUCGUAUAGAAAAGAUUUAACACAAGCAAUGUUAUUACAAGAAUCACAAGGUCUUCAUGAUGCAAUUGAUCGUGCUAAAGGUUCAAUUCAUGCGUCGAAUCUUGCUGAUGAAAUUCAUCAAGCUCAAAAUUUAGCGACAAAAUUAACAUAA